GCCCCGCCCCUCGGGCUUCGGCCCUGCAGUCCCCGCAGAGUGCCGCGGAGCGCAGGGAUGCCCACGGCAGCCGCGACCCCUCGCCGUAAGGCGAGGCCCGGGGAGCGUGCGGGGAACGAGGAGCCCGCCCCGGGGAACCGCACAGGCGUGUGCACACAUGUGCAGUCACCACCGAGGGGCACCCUCCAAGUCCUCCGUGGCAACGGCACUUCCGUGGGGACCAUUAUUGUGUUCCACUGCCCCUCAGGCCACCAGAUGGUUGGGUCUGGCCUCCUCACCUGUGCCUGGAAGGGGAGUGUUGCCGAGUGGUCUUCAGUGACCCCUGUGUGCAAAUCGGUGCCGCCAUACGAGACCUUCAGCUUCAAGGUGGCCGUGAUCGCCUCCAUCAUCAGCUGUGCCAUCAUCCUGCUCAUGUCCAUGGCCUUCCUCACCUGCUGCCUCGUGCGGUGCAUGAAGAGGAGUGAGCAGCCAUCCGACAGGGCGACCCAGCUGUGGCUCCAGCUGAGAGCCGGGGACUUGGAGACAGUGCCACCUGCCUACCUGGGCCUCAAGGGCGUGAACAACAGUAACAGCGGUGGCGGCGGUGGGGGGCCCGCAGGCCAUCCUGGCCAGGCCCAUGACAACUACAGUUUCACUAUGGACCUAGGUGAGGGCACCAGAGAGCUGGCUGGCAUGGCCCAUGGCAUGGACAAGGACCCCUGGACCACUAGCUGUCCUGCGAGCUCACCCUGUGCCCAGGUGAUGGUGCACGCGGCCGACCUGGGGCGCACCCCGCCUGCCCACUGGCCCACUGCAGGAGUGUCCAGACAGCACAUGGCCUACGUCCCGGGGUGACUGAGGCAGAGUCUGGAGCCUGCCCUUCACACAGGAGGACCAGGGACACUCCACCACCCAGCCACCUACGUCUCAACCUGUGUCUAGCUUGCGAUGGGUCAGUGAAACCAGCUUCCGGGGUUAGGGAUCCCUCACAGAACUGAGCUGGGGACUCCAGAGCGGUGUCCUGUCCCAGGGGGGCCCCUCUGGAGCAGCUUUUAUAGACAGGCGUCCUCCGAGCCACCACAGAGUUUCCGGAACCAGAUGCAGCCUCCCCACCCAGCUGGCUCCUUUAAAGAGCCUGGGAGAUGUUUUUAGCAAAUCUCGUUUUGCAUUGGGUUGGGGGAGAGAGAGCAGGGAGUGAGUUGGGGCACUGCUUCUGCUCUAUGCAAAGUAGCCACGAGGGGAAAGGGGUGUGAAAUAAACAGUUCUAACAAUGGAGAAACAAAGGUAAAAAUCGCUGUCUCGAUUU